AUGGCCGCAACACAAAACACAGACAUCCCCGUGGACAGCAAUGGGCACACCAACAAUGACCAUCUGGUGCAGUCUACCGACCCGGAACACCCCGCGAACUUGAUCCCGGAAAUGUGUCGCAAGUUCUACAAUUGGGGCUGGGUCACUGGAACCGGGGGCGGGACCUCCAUCCGUCGCGGAGAUCACAUUUUCAUCGCGCCCUCGGGCGUUCAAAAGGAGAUGCUCCAGCCUCACAACAUGUUCGUGCUGCAGUACCCCACGCCCAAAUACCCACCAUCGUCGCGGAAAUACAUUCGCAAGCCUCUCAACUUGAAGCCCUCCGACUGCACCCCACUCUUCCUUGCCGCCUUUGACCAGGGCGCCGGCUGCUGUAUUCACACGCACUCCCAAUGGGCAGUCCUGGUGACGUUGCUGGUGGAGCGCGACCUCGGCAAGGAGGGCUACUUUGAAAUCAGCAAUAUCGAGCAGAUCAAAGGCAUUCCCAAAGGAAAGGGCAAAGGGAAUCACGGCUACCACGACACGCUGAGGAUUCCGAUCAUUGACAACACUCCAUUCGAGGAGGAUCUCACUGAAGGCCUGGAGAAGGCGAUGAACGCCAACCCAGACACAUAUGCUGUGUUGGUGCGGCGACACGGAAUCUAUGUCUGGGGAGACACUCCGGCCAAGGCUAAAACGCAAUGCGAAAGUCUGGACUAUCUCUUCCAGCUUGCUGUUGAAAUGCACAAGCUCGGACUGCCUUGGGAUAUUAACCGCAACCAAAAGUAA